AAAAACAAACAAUAGAAGAAGAAGAAGCUCUCGUCGACGGCAAAAGUUGGAAAAAAAAACUCCGGCGAAGAUGAGAACCGGAAAAGGAAAUCAAGAGGAAGAAGAUUACGGUGAAGAAGACUUUAGCUCUAAACGUGAAGGUCCUUCUUCCAACACUACUGUUCAUAGCAACAACAACAACAGAGAUGCAAAGGAAAAUGAUAAAGCUAGUGCGAUACGUUCUAAGCAUUCAGUCACUGAGCAACGGAGAAGAAGCAAAAUCAAUGAAAGAUUUCAGAUAUUGAGAGAGCUAAUUCCCAACAGUGAACAAAAAAGAGAUACUGCUUCUUUCCUUUUAGAGGUGAUAGAUUAUGUCCAGUAUUUACAAGAGAGGGUGCAAAAGUAUGAAGGAUCGUAUCCAGGAUGGAGUCAGGAACCAACUAAGUUGACACCAUGGAGGAAUAAUCACUGGCGAGUUCAGAGUUUGGCGAACCACCCAGUAGCUAUAAAUAAUGGAUCUGGUCCAGGGAUAUCUUUUCCUGCAAAGUUUGAAGAAAACGCUGUGGCUUCUACACCUGCAAUCGUUGCAGAACCGCAAAUCCCGAUUGAGUCUGACAAUGGAAGAGCUAUAACCGGCAAACCGAUUGAAAGUCAACCUGAGUUAGACGACAAAGGAUUACCACCAGUUCAACCAAUUCUUCCGUUGGUACAAGGUGAACAAGCUAAUGAAUGUCCUGCUACUAGUGAUGUGCUAGGCCAAAGUAAUGACCUGGUUAUUGAAGGUGGAACCAUUAGCAUCUCUAGUGCCUACUCGCAUGAGUUAUUGAGCUCAUUAACACAAGCUCUCCAGAACGCUGGAAUUGAUUUGUCGCAUGCAAAACUUUCCGUCCAGAUUGAUCUCGGGAAACGAGCCAAUCAAGGACUAACUCAUGACGAGCCAUCAAGUAAGAAUCCAUUAUCAUCUGAUACACAAGCAAGAGAUCCAAGCUUUGAGGAAGAAUCUGAACAGUCUCAUAAGCGCAUGAAAACACUGUGACAUUUCUCUGUAAGGCUCAACGGCUUUGGAAUAUAUAAAUGUAUUGACAGAUUGCUUCUAUCGUGUACAUUGUUCGGCUUCUAGGGGAUUCCUACAGUCGUUAAGAUCAAUUAUGGUUAAGUAGAUUGUACGUUUUUUGUGGUUCUGAGUUUGUAUCAUCUUCUUCAUCAUUCAUGUAAUCUAUCAAUAUGAUCUCUUGUGGAAUAUCAGAUUACGUUUCAAGUUUAUCA